UGGGGUGUUCAAUAGCCGUCGGACAAAAACCGAAAGGUUUAGAGAAGUUUGUUCCAGUUUGACGCUGAGAGUUUGGCUGUAAGGAUGCUUUUCGCGGCGCUCACCGUGUUGCUGACUUUGUUGAGCCUCAGUGACAGCAAACAGAAAGACUUUUACACCUUUAAAGUGGUGAAUAGCAGGGGGAAGCUGGUGUCCCUGGAGAAAUACCGGGGUUCGGUAUCCCUGGUGGUAAAUGUAGCCAGCGAAUGUGGCUUUACGGAGGAACACUACAAAGACUUGCAGCAGCUCCAACGGGACUUUGGCCCAUAUCACUUCAAUGUGCUGGCCUUCCCCUGCAACCAGUUUGGGCAACAGGAGCCCGGCAGCGACAAGGAGAUUGACAGCUUUGUACGCAGAGUCUACGGAGUCUCCUUCCCAUUGUUCAGCAAAAUUGCUGUGGUAGGAACCGGAGCCAACAAUGUCUACAAGUACCUUGUUGAGCUAUCUGGAAAGGAGCCUGAUUGGAAUUUCUGGAAGUAUCUCAUUGAUGUACACGGAAAAGUGGUGGAUGCUUGGGGACCAAAAGUUAGUGUUAAAGAAAUCCGACCAAAAAUAGCUGAAAUGGUGCGACAGAUAAUCUUGAAGAAGAAAGAAGAGCUUUAACCCAUUGUUUAAAACUCAUUUAUUUCUCUAUUUUUGCAGUUUUAGUACAUUACCCAAAUGUAUAAACUGAACACAUUUAUGUUGCUUGUAGAAUUGGACUUUGCUUGAAAAACUGUUAUGUUCAUAUAAUGAAAGCAAAUUCUUUUGCUUUCUGAAAGCACUGAUGAUGUACCACUAUGAUUUUAAAUUCAGUGUCAGGUUGUGUGUCAGAUGUGUGACAUUUGAAGCUACAUCUAAAUCGACAUGGUCCUAUUUUCAAAAUAUGUCAGUCAUGUGCAUUGUGUGGGAUUUUUAUAUUCAAUCUGAUAUGUGGAAUAAAUUUUUACUGUGAUCAGAGUAAAACCUUGACUGUUGAAUGUAAUAGAUAUUUUCA